AUGGCGUCCGCGAUGGAGGCGGCGCUUGAGCCGAGCGCUGAGGUGGCGAAGGAGCAGGAACAGCCGGCUCCGGUGGAGGCCCCGCAGGAGGAGCAGCCGAGCGCUGAAGAGCCCGCGGAGGAGAAGCCUAGCAACGGCGAAGAAGCUCCGGCCUCCAAGUCUCCUGUGAACGCCGUUCGCCUUCGCGGCCUUCCGUGGGAUGUCCAGGAGGAAAAUGUCAUUGCAUUCUUCAAGCCGGUCGUCUCACUCGAGCCUGAACACGUCCUCAUCUGUAUUGGGUUCGACAAACGAACUACUGGAGAGGCCUACGUCCAGCUUCCCGACGCAGCCGUCCGCGAACAGGCCAUCAAGGAUCUCCACGGCCGUCUCCUGGGCACGCGUUGGAUUGAGGUCUUCCGCGCGUCGGAAGAGGAAUUCCAAAAGGCUGAUGAUCGCCGGAAGACCGUCAUGGCGGCGAUCUCCGGCAACACCGAGAGUCUGGAUGCUUCGCGACGAAUGAACUUGAAUGUCGUGAAGCUCCGCGGUCUGCCGUGGUCCUGCAACGAGCUCGAGAUCGUUCACUUCUUCAAGGACGGAGGGUUCGAUGUCCACACCGAUGACAUCGUGCUGGGCAUGACCGGCGACGGGCGCCUCUCCGGCAUUGCGUUCGUCGAGCUGCAGAGUGCAGAAUUGGCUGAGAAGGCCCGCGAUACUCUGCACAAGAAGUACAUGGGUCGGCGAUUCAUCGAAGUGUAUCCGGCGACCCGCGACGACAUGCACCGCGCCCGGCGCCCUGGUCGAGGCGGCUUCGACGGCUACUACCAGGGCGGCUACAACUCGGGCCCCAUGCGCGGGCCUGGCCGCGGUGGAUUCCGCGGCGGCAUGGGCCGCGGCGGCUACAGCGGCCCAGCCUCGCCGUAUGGCGGCGGCUACGGCGGGGGAGGCUACGGCGGCGGUGGCGGCGGCUAUGGAGCCGGAGGAGGCGGCGGCGGUUACGGCGGGGGAGGCUACGGGGGCGGCUACGGCGGUGGCGGCGGCUAUGGAGCCGGAGGAGGCGGCUACGGCGGCGGCGGCUACGGCGGGGGAGGCUACGGGGGCGGUGGGGGCAGCGGGGGCUACUCGCCCGCCGGCCCGCACGGCGGCGGUAUGGAGGGCGGCAACUGGAACUACCAGGUUCUGCGGCUUCGAGGUCUGCCUUACAGCGCGAACGAACAGCACAUUGUGCAAUUCUUCAAUGGCUUCCACAUGGCAGCGAUCCUUCCCUCGACGAUCCCGAUUGACGGGCGCCCUUCUGGCGAGGCAUACGUGCAGUUCGUGGACGCCGGCGAAGCCUGGCGAGCCUUCCAGGCAAAGAACGGCGGCCGCAUUGACAAGCGCAUGAUCGAGCUUUUCCCCUCCUCCAAGCAGGAGAUGGAGUUUGCUGCGCAGGGCGGAGACCCCCGAGUUUUCAGAGAACGCAACCGAGGCUAUUGA